AUGCAAGAACCUUACGUUGGAGCUAAAUCACAUGUAACUGUUGGAUCACAUUACCGCGUCAUACAAAAGAUCACAAACGAUAAAACCAAACCAGUAAGAUCCGCAAUAGUCAUCACAGACCCAAACAUUCAGUUUACCAUUAACCCUAGAUUAAUAACGGAGGAUAUUGUAGUUGUUGAAUUAAAUAUAGGUCACACUAACGUAGGCAUAAUUAGCAUGUAUUUACACGAGAAAGGAAUUAUCGAAGAAGACUUAAGCACGAUCAAAAAAUUCAAGGAAGCAAUGAACACUAAAGAUGUCAUCAUUGGAGGCGAUGCUAAUGCAAGCAGUAUGCAAGGCAGAUGA